AUGCUGCGGUCGCUGGGUUCAAAAUGGCUGCUGGCUGGUAGGAGGUUGAACAGCAGCGUUGCCGAUGGUGGGCGUAUUUCGUUUGCCGGUGCGGUGAAGGAUCUUACAAGGAAAGACGAAGUGGCUAAUAUAUCUAAUCCGUAUGGGGAGAAGCGAGCCAUGAAGGGUAAGUCUUUGGAAGUUCCUUUGAAGUACAAGUUGAACUGUGUUUUCCGUAAAAACAACACGCACUUCACGUACUCUGCUGUCGUGGAGGACAAGAACUACUUGGUGAACAACCCGGAACUGUCAUACAACGAGAAGUAUCUGUAUUACUUGCGGUUGCCGCAGAAAGUUAAGUUUGCCAUCUCUACAGGAUGUCUUGGGUUCAGAAAAGCGCUGAGAGGUGAAUACGAAGCAGCGUUCCAAACCACUACAAAAGUGUUCCAGAUGAUUAAAGAAAAGGGAUUGAUGGACAAAGAUAUAGAGAUCAUAAUGGAUGAUUUUGGUAAAGGUAGGACGGCGUUCAUUGCGGCUCUAAACGGUAAAGAAGGUAAUGAGAUAAGGAGGAAAGUAACGAGAAUCAGUGACAAGACAGCAUUGAAAUUCGGUGGUGUGAGGUCACCAAGAAUGAGAAGAUUAUGA